AGAUUUGAGCCAAAGGAAGACAAGGACGAAAAUACCCUCGUGCACCCACCCUCUCAUCUCAUCUCUCUGUCCCCUUCUUCCCGAGCCACGGCGGCUCGCCGGCUGCUCCCCUCCACACCGCCGCCGCCGCCCUGCUACUCCCCGACCUCCUGCACGACGCGCGCCGACGAUCUUUUGCUCGCGCCCCCUCUGAUCCAUCGCCGUCGCCCUGCCUCUAGGCGUCGCUUCUCGGCCGUGCUACUGUUCCCCUCUUCUGCUGCUCCACCAGCCGUCUCCCGCGGCAACGUUGGGCGCCAAGGAGCGCGUCCCCCCCGCUCCGGCGACACGGCCGCUUCCGUUCGACCGCCGGCGACUGCCGCCCCAGCGCGGCCGUGCCGCAUGGUCUCCCGCUUCCCAGUUCCCUUCCGCUGGUCCCGCGGUCUGCUGCGGGCGAGCAGCUGCUGCAGCCGCGGCAUAUCCGCCAUGGCCGGAGGCGAGGAGGCGCAGCUCGGGGGGUUCCUCGACUACAUGGACGUUCUCCGCAACUACGAGCGCUCCGGCGUGCCGCGCGGCGCCGGGACCGACUCCGGCGACGGCUUCGACCUCGGCCGCAUGCGCCGCCUCCUCCGCCGCCUCGGCGACCCACACACCCACUAUCCAUCUGUCCAUAUCGCCGGCACCAAGGGGAAAGGUUCGACUGCCGCGUUCCUGACCAAUAUCAUGAGGGAGCAAGGGUACAAUGUGGGCUGCUAUUCCAGUCCACACCUUCUAACAAUCCGAGAGCGCAUUUCUGUUGGGCGACACGGAGGCCCUGUUUCAGCUGCAUCGUUGAGGGAUCUUUUUGAUCUGGCCAAGGAAGCUAUCGAUGAAUCAAUCGAAUCAGAAAAUGGAUCCCUGACACACUUUGAGGUUUUUACUGCUCUUUCAUUUCUCCUAUUCUCACGAGAAAAUGUUGAUGUUGCCAUUGUCGAAGCAGGUCUUGGGGGAGCUAGAGAUGCCACAAAUGUGAUACGAAAUAGUGAACUAGCUGCAGCAAUCAUAACAACAGUUGGGAAAGAACAUUUGGCUGCUUUGGGUGGUUCCCUCCAAAGUAUAGCAGUGGCAAAGUCUGGAAUUAUCAAGGAAGGACGACCAGUUGUCAUUGGUGGUCCAUUUUCAACAGACAUCGAGCAAAUAAUUCGGGAUAGAGCGUUCUUGACACAAUCUCCUGUCAUAUCUGCUUGUGAUACUGGCGUCAGGAGCAUCACAAGAUGCAUUGGACGGGACUAUGCAAAGCCAUAUCAAAGCUGUGACAUUGUCGUGAAGAUUUCAGGCGAUAUGCCAUUGUCUGUGGAAUUGCAUGAUGUAAAACUCCAGCUGCUGGGAGACCAUCAGCGUCAGAAUGCUGUCAUGGCUUCUUGCACAGCUCUAUGUCUCCGUGAGCUAGGAUGGAAUGUAUCCGAUGCAUCUAUCCGAGCUGGUUUAGAGAAGACGCAACUGCCCGGGAGAAGCCAAUUCCUGACGCAAGAUGAAGCCUCGGUCCUUGGGCUUGACGGAGCCGCCAUUCUGAUCGACGGAGCCCAUACCGAGGCGUCCGCGAAGGCACUGUCGGAUGUGAUAAAAACCGUCGAACCCGAAGGGCCUGUGGCCCUCAUCGUCGGAAUGGCCAGCGACAAAGAGCACCUGGCGUUCGCUGCACAACUUCUCUCAGGCAGAAGGCCCGACGUGGUGCUGCUGACGGAGACGGGGAUCGCGGGAGGGACCGCUCGUUCCAUGCCGGCCUCGUCGCUGCGAGACAUCUGGACAGGCGCCGCGCUUGGCCAGGGCAUCGAGUGUGCGGACAUAGGGGCAAUCGCGGGCGACGAAGCCCCAACCGUAAAUAUAGACCACCUGGCUCCCGCCGCUGGCACAGACAAGCCGGGGCUGAUGUUGAUCGGGUGCGGAGCCACGCCGUUCUCGCGCGACUUGAUGAAGGCCGCCUCCCAGCUGCUGCGCCGGGCAGACGGCCCCGGUGCUGCUCGGGGCGGUGGCCUCAUCUGCGUCACCGGCUCCAUGCACAUGGUCGCGUCGGUGCUGCAGCAGCUUGAGCAGUAGCUCCCCAAUCCCCAUGGUGCCAGACUUGCGGUACAUGUAGUCAGUUACAUGGUUGGCAGGCAGGAACAUGCUUACAAGUCCACCGGUACAGUGCAUCACAUGGUCUAGAAUCGAUGGGAUUAAGCAGUGAUGUUAACUUUCAUAAAGCUACCUAGAAAGGGUCGAUGCGCCGUGCAUGUCCUUGUCUUGGUUGUCUAUAAUAAGGUGAGAGCGACAAGUCCUUUGGCCUUGUUCACACUCAACACUUUAGUAGUUGACGUCGGUCGACUUUACAAGGUUGCUCUUUUUCAACCAUUAAUUAAAUUUUGUACUGUUGUAAUAUUUUAUUCAUCUACUGAAGAAGUAUACUGCUGCCUUGAUUCCUGGAAGAAAAUAUAUAUCUUAUUUCUUGA